GUGUGUGUGUAAGUGUGCGCGCGCGCGCGUGUAUGAGAGAGAGAGUGAGCGAGAAUGAGCGCCAGUGGGCUAUUUCAGUGCGCACGUUAAGGUGUGUGUGCAGGUCUGAAAGAGUGUGUGUAAGUAGGAGUGUGUGUGUAUGUGUGCGCGCGCGUUUUGCACGUGGCUUGGGCCUGUGUGUGUGUGUGUGUGCGUGCGUGCGUGCGUGAGAGAGAGUGGUUUCAAGGAGAGGGUGUGUUUAUGGGAAAUAGAGAUUCAGUGUGUGUGUGUGUGUGUGUGUGUGUGUGUGUGUGUGUGUGUGUGUGUGUGUGUGUUUACACAGACGGGAAUACAGCGCCAAAGGAAGUGCGCCGGUUCUCCGUCUGCGCGUCCCGACUUCCUGCUCCGAGGCAGGAGAGAGAAAAGCUGCGGAUCCGCUUUCAGAAGGCAUCAGCAGCAGCAGCAUGGAGCCCCGACGCAACACACACACACCGCUUUAAGACGCAAACACACACAUCCCGCGGGGCAGACGGACAGAGGAGCAGCGGCCGUACACAGCUGGUUCGCUCUCUGGUGUCAUCCCGUCAUGGAGAGUUCCAUCACACUCUGGCAGUUCCUGCUGCAGCUGCUUCUCGACCAAAGCCACAAACAUCUCAUCUGCUGGACGUCCAACGACGGCGAGUUCAAGCUGCUCAAGUCCGAGGAGGUGGCCAAGCUGUGGGGGCUGCGCAAGAACAAGACCAACAUGAACUAUGACAAGCUGAGCAGAGCCCUGCGCUAUUACUACGACAAAAACAUCAUCAAGAAGGUGAUCGGCCAGAAGUUCGUCUACAAGUUUGUGUCGUUUCCUGAGAUUCUGAAGAUGGACCCCGCCAUGGUGGAGUCGGGCCGCAUCAGUGAGGAGAGUGGUGGCGUGAUGUCAGAGCCCGAGGCUGAGGACGAGGACGGCGGCGGGAGGAACCAGUACCUCCACUCCGGCCUGUACUCCUCCUUCACCGUCAGCUCCCUGCAGCACUCCUUAGAGCCGCACCAGCCGAUCAAGAUGGAGCCCAGGUCCGAUCGCCAUGACGACAGCUCCUCUGUCAUCCGGUUCAUAACCAACCGGGGUCACUCUUCCCUACCGUCCACCCCACCCCCGUCCUCGACUGACAACUCCCAUCCCUCCAGGCCGUCUCCUCAGCAGGCUCGCUCUUCCUCCUGCUCCUCCUCCCCGCCACAAAGCCCCACCCACACGCUGUGGCGGGGGCGGGGCCAGAGCACAGAGACUGCCGACUCAGAUCAGAGCGCUCAACCUCUGAACCUGUCAUCUGGUCAGAGGAAUAGAGUGAGGUCACAGAGCACGACAACACCGGAGAGGAGGGGACUGGCCAGUAAUGGGCCUUUGAAAAGCAGAAAACCCAAAGGCCUGGAAAUCUCCGCCUCCUCCCUCCUCCUGACAGGAAGUGACCUCGUCUCCAUUGCUCUCAACAGCCCGGCGCUGCCUUCAGGGUCCCUGACCCCUGCCUUCCUCACCGCACAGACUCCGUCUGGUCUGCUGCUCACUCCCAGCCCUCUACUCUCCAAUAUCCAUUUCUGGUCCAGCCUCAGUCCAGUGGGACCCCUCAGCCCCGCCCAGCUGCAGAGCCAUGCCCCCCUCUUUCAGUUCCCCUCGCUGCUGAAUGGACCCAUCCCCGUGCCUUUACCCAACAUGGACGCUCCCUCUCCUCUGCUGCUCUGCUCCAGCGCCAAUAAGUCCUGAUAACAUCCCGAGCUCCAAGAGUGAACUGGGCCAAACCAGGCCGAGCUAGGCCACACAGGGACCAAACCGAAUCAGCCAUGAACUCUGAUGAUCCACACAGGGGUCCGACCUCCUCUGAGUCCAGUCACAUUUCCGACCCGACACCUGUUGCUGUUCAUUUAUUAUAUGAAGAAACAGGAGCUUCACUCUGAAGCUUUGCUCUCUGAGAAGAGUGUUGCAUUAGACAUUUGUUUACUACAGUUUAUCUGCUCAUGUUCUUUCCAAUUGUGCUUGGUGUUUUCUUAUUUUAAAGGAUGUUUUCUUUUCAUACAAAGAAGUUGACUGGAGGUCACGUUUCUCAUCUCAUUUGAAAUCUCAUCUCAGACUGAUUGUAAUAUCAUAUUCAUUUAUCAUUAUUUGACUAAUGUCAAUAUCCUCCCCAAUGACUCAAACGAUGGAUAUCUGAGGAAAUCGGAAGUCGGAAGUUAUGGUAUGACAUGACCUCAGUGAGCCAGGAGACUUUAUCAGUGUCAUGUAGAAUAAUAGUUACUUCAAUUAAUAGACUCUAGUAGUUUCUUCAAGCAAAAAAUAAGUUAAUCUUGCUACAACAGAGUUAUUUGCCUGUCUACCAGGAGUUAACAUUAGAUACGAAGAUCAAUACGUUGUACAUGCCUGUAGCUUAUUAUGAAGCUACAGCCAAAAGUCCGUUAGCUUAACUUAGCACAAAAAACUGGACACAGGGAAACAGCUUACCUUGCUGUGACCCAAGGUGACAAAAGCUAACUAUUAGCAGCUAAACAACACAUUAUAGGGUGACAACUAAAGUGUAACACAACAAUUUGUAGUUUUAUGGUGAGUUCGCACAAGACUCCAGGGAUAAGUUGGCUUACUACACUUGACCAAGAAAUAGUUAGCACGUAACUACCGAAAAACCAAAAUGUGCCAUUUUUACACCUUGGUUUUUUUGUACACAAUGAACAAAUACCGAUGAUACAAUGUUUAUAAUUCGCUUUACAGUGGUUGGCUGACUUUUUUAACUUUGGACAAGCCAUGCUGGCUGUUUACAGUCUUUGCGCAAAGCUAACCAGCUGCUAGCUGUAGGGCCUAGCUACAUUUUUACAUACAAAAACCAGAGUGGUAUAAAUCUCUUGAUCUCACUCUUUGUAAAUUAGUAUAUCUCCCUAGAUUUUAUAACUGUUUCUUUAAAUUUGAUCAAAAAUCAGGAUAGUAGCUCGAUUAAUAAUUGCUAAAUGCUACACAGGUUAGUAGUGGGUAAUAGUUUUUUUGUUUUUCCUGUGCUGAGCCUUCGUUCAAACAGGACAAACCUUCGAAUGUGAACACUUUUGGGGGGAAACUAAUGGCUGGGUCUCAUUUAUCAUCAUCUUUUUCAGUCUUCAUUUUUUGCUUCAUAUACAUUUGUAUGGUCACAUGAGUUGCAUCCCUCACUGACUCCUAGCAGAGCACCUGCUAGCCAGCACGAAAACACUGCAGCAGUCUUCAUUGUCCUCUGUAUUGCUUCGAAUUGACGCUGUGAACUUUUUUUAUUCUUAUUUUCUGUAUAGUUUCUUGCUUUUUUUUUCUUUUCUUUUUUUAAAUGCACUGUACUUUUAAGCCUUGUACCGGCUGUGCCUUCAAUACUAUAAGACUUGUGUAAAUGUAUUAAGCUUUAAACCAGGUUUUAAUAGACAUUCCGGGUCAAAAUUGCACAAAGGCUGUUUUUUUUUUUUUUUUUAAACGACUCCUGGUUAUUUUUAUAGAAAAAAAAAUAUGAAUGGAAAUGUAUUCUCAGUGAUUGACUUUUGUUUGCCGUUUUGUUGAGAGAAUUGUUACUGUCUUUUGUUAAUAAAAAAAAAAAAAAAAACUUUUCAGAA